AUGGAAGAGACCGUGGCGGCGGCAAUGCUAGUGGCAGCAGCGGUUGGGAAAAAGGAGAAAAGGAAGAAAGAAAGGAGAGGGGAGAGCAGCCGACCUGCACCAGCAGCAGCGACUUCUGGGGCUGUUCUCGGCUCCUCGGCCCCGAGCGCCUCAGCCCCACGCGCGCGGCUCGACCUCGCGCGCCUCCGCCCGCGUCGGACCCUCGGUCCCACGCGCGCGGCCCGCUGGUUGCCGGUCUCCGCCAGGGGAUACAGCCACUCGAUCAAGGGCCAGACGCUCUCGCCGGACGGCGUCGUGGUCCAGAUGAGUCGCGGCCGGAUCGCACCCCGCCUGGAGCCGACGUGCUCGCCGUCCACGGGCGAGUACUAUGUCGACGCCUCGGGGGGUGAUCUCCAGGUCGAUGUGUUGAACUGGACGCUAGCCAACGGCAGCCUCGCGCCCAAGUCGUGGACCGACUACCUCUACUUGUCGGUCGGCAGCACUCUCUCCAACGCCGGCGUAAGCGGGCCAGCCUUUCACCACGGACCUCAGAUCAGCAAUGUCCACGAGCUCGAUAUGGUCACAGGCAAGGGCGAGCUGAUAACAUGCUCAGAAGAGCAGAACUCAGAGCUGUUCCAUGGAGUUCUCGGUGGUCCGGGACAGUUUGGGAUCAUCAUCAGAGCCCGGAUUGCACUGGAGACAGCUCCUCACGGGGUGAGAUGGAUCCGAGUACUGUACUCCGACUUCGCGGCCUUCACCAGAGACCAGGAGCUCCUCGUCUCGCUCCACAGCGCCCACCGGAGCGAAAGGUUCGACUACAUCGAAGGCUUCGUCAUCAUUGAUGAAGGCCUCAUCAACAAACUGGAGGUCGUCCUUCUUCUUCCCCAAGAACCCUGUUAA